AUGAGAAAAAUAAAGAGAAAAUUAUGCAAUGGCAACACAACUAAAGGCGGAAGCAGCAAUACCAACAGCCCCAACACCGCCAGCGCCAACACCGCCAGCGCCAACACCAACAGCACCAACACCACAAGCCCCAACACCAACAGCCCCAACACCGCCAGCGCCAACACCAACAGCACCAACACCAACAGCGCCAACACCAACAGCCCCAACACCACCAGCGCCAACACCAACAGCACUAACAGCACCAGCGCCAACACCAACAGCACCAACACCACAAGCACCAACACCACCAGCGCCAACACCACCAGCACCAACACCACCAGCGCCAACACCGCCAGCGCCAACACCAACAGCCCCAACACCAACAGCCCCAACACCAACAGCACCAACACCAACAGCACCGUCACCAGCAACAAUAGUGUAGUAGUAGUAAUAGUAGUAGUAAUCACUUUCAUCUAUAAUCUAAGCAUCGUUAUGUUCACGAUGAUGCAAUACAAUCAUGAGUUUAUUCGUGGUAUUGACGAUGGUACUGGUAUUGUUCAUUGCUACUAA